AUGCUGGAACUGGGCUCAUAUUCCGUCAGCUCUCGGUCUCUGACAGAGGACCACAAUGCUUUGUGCCUACGUCAAGCCCCAACAGGGCCGGAGUGUAGUCUGGGCAUGGGGACGAUGUGUGGUAGCAGCACCCCUAGGCACCACAUACUUCCUUCGUCCCCAGCGGACUGUGAGGACUGGCAGAAGCAUCGUGCAGGACUGGCUGGUGUGUCUGGCCUGUUCCCUGAGUCCCUCCUGGAGCCCCAAAGUCUUUCAACCAGCUAUGACACCCUCUACCUCCCACAAAUGUCAAGCCACACGCCCCCUCAACACCCCAAUCGUCUGGGCCUGUCUCUGGAUGUGGCAUCCACUUUUGAUGUUGGAGGGGGACUUCUGGGAGUGGAUGGAGACUUGGCGGUCAGUCCCAACGUGAUCAAGAGACGGAGGGGAGGCCUUAUUGAGCAGAGGGACAUUGUCAAAGCCCACCAGGCUCACAAGAUCCAGAGCACACCACAGGCGCGGCGCAAGGAGUGGGAAAUGGCCCGGUUUGGAGACGACGUCCCGGGCUUGUUGAGCUCUGGGGAUGGAGGGUCCGAGCGCAAUCGGACCCGCGAUGGAGCGGCAGUUUCCACAGGUGGGAUCUCCCCAGCCUUCAAGCAGACCAAAGCGCAGCGAGCCCGCACCAUGGCCCUGUACAAUCCCAUACCGGUCAGGGAGAACUGCUUCACCGUCAACAGGUCCCUCUUCAUCUUCGGCGAGGACAACGUGGUCAGGAAGUAUGCCAAGAAAAUCACUGAAUGGCCUCCGUUUGAGUACAUGAUCCUCACCACCAUCAUCGCCAACUGUAUCGUCCUGGCUCUUGAGCAGCACCUUCCUGGAGAGGACAAAACCCCAAUGUCCAAAAGGCUGGAGAAGACUGAGCCCUACUUCAUCGGUAUGUUCUGUUUAGAGGCUGGAAUAAAGAUAAUCGCUCUGGGCUUCGUAUUUCAUAAAGGCUCCUACCUCAGGAAUGGAUGGAACGUCAUGGACUUCAUUGUGGUCCUCAGUGGGAUCCUGGCAGCAGCAGGAGCACAUAUGAACAUCUCAGUUGACCUGAGGACCCUGAGGGCCGUACGAGUGCUCCGACCCCUCAAACUGGUCUCAGGCAUCCCCAGUCUGCAGAUUGUCUUGAAGUCUAUAAUGAAGGCCAUGGUUCCUCUGCUGCAAAUUGGCCUUCUGCUCUUUUUUGCAAUCCUCAUGUUCGCCAUCAUUGGCCUGGAGUUUUACAGCGGCAAACUGCACCAUACCUGCCAGCCGCAGCCCGGAAUACUAGAAAAUGAGACAGUGGACUCCUCUGAGGUGGAGUUCCCGUGUGGCAUUCGUCAAUGUCCGCCUAAAUACACCUGCAACGAUAACUGGAUCGGCCCGAAUGACGGCAUCACACAGUUUGACAACAUCCUGUUUGCUGUUCUCACAGUCUUCCAGUGCAUCACCAUGGAGGGGUGGACAACCGUACUCUACAAUGCUGAUGAUGCCUUGGGCCCCAACUGGAACUGGCUCUACUUCAUCCCUCUUAUCAUCAUCGGAUCUUUUUUUGUCCUGAAUCUGGUGCUGGGAGUCUUGUCUGGGGAAUUUGCCAAAGAGAGGGAGAGGGUGGAAAACCGCAGGGCCUUCAUGAAGCUGAGACGCCAACAGCAGAUUGAGAGAGAGCUCAACGGCUACCGGGCCUGGAUCGACAGAGCAGAGGAAGUGAUGCUUGCAGAGGAGAAUAAGACUUCAGGACCUUCAGCCCUCGAUGCUCUCAGGAGUCUCCCAGAGUGGAGUACAGGUGGUGCAUAUGUGUUAAAGAGAGCCACCACUAUCAAGAGGAGAGGGAUGGACGGGGUGCAUCGAGGGCAACCAGGGGAUGAACAGUAUGGUGACAUCUCCUCUGUGGGCAUCCCCAUGGCCAGAUCAAGUAUCAGGAGCACCAAGCGGGGUCCAACAGCAUAUUUUCAUCGCAAAGAGCGUCUCCUGCGUAUUUCCAUCCGCCGUGUGGUGAAGACACAAACUUUCUACUGGACAGUGCUGGGCCUUGUGGCUCUCAACACACUGUGUGUGGCAAUUGUUCACCACAAUCAGCCUCUGUGGCUGUCCAACUUCCUCUACUAUGCAGAGUUCCUGUUCCUCGCUCUGUUCCUGACUGAAAUGUUUCUGAAGAUGUACAGCUUGGGGCCGCGUCUCUACUUCCACUCCUCCUUUAACUGCUUUGACUGCAGUGUAAUUGUUGGCAGCAUCUUUGAAGUGCUGUGGGGGUUCUUCAGGCCCGGCACUUCCUUUGGCAUCAGUGUCCUGCGUGCUCUCCGUCUGCUGAGAAUCUUCAAGAUCACCAAGUACUGGGCAUCUCUGAGAAAUCUGGUCAUCUCUCUGAUGAACUCCAUGAAGUCCAUCAUCUCGCUCAUCUUCCUCCUCUUCCUGUUCAUCGUUGUCUUUGCACUCCUUGGCAUGCAGCUCUUCGGUGGCAGGUUCAUCUUUGAAGACUACACUCCGACAAACUUUGACACCUUCCCUGCAGCCAUCAUGACCGUCUUUCAGAUCUUGACUGGAGAGGACUGGAACGAGGUUAUGUACAACGGUAUUCGCUCUCAAGGAGGAGUGAAGUCUGGCAUGUGGUCCUCUAUCUACUUUAUUGUGCUCACACUAUUUGGAAACUACACUCUACUGAACGUCUUUUUGGCCAUUGCUGUGGAUAAUCUCGCCAAUGCACAAGAACUUACCAAGGAUGAAGAGGAAGCAGAGGCAGCGUUCAACCAAAAGCACGCUCUCCAGAAGGCAAAGGAGGUCGGACCGUUGUCCUCGUUCAUGUCGUCAGAGGGAAGCCGGAGGAGGCGGCCCUAUCUGUACAGGAAAAGAGCCAUCCACCGCAGCCGGCCCACCUACUCUUGCUCCCUGGACGAGGCCCAGGGCAGCAUCAGGGAGGGCCGCCCACCCCCACCACUCAACCCCUCUAACUCUUUCAUGUCCAGGAGAGAGAGGAGAAAAAGGAUGACCAUGUCCGUGUGGGAGCAGAGGACCAGCCAGCUGCGGAGACACCGCCAGAUGUCCAGCCGAGAGAUCCUGUUCAACAGCCCGAGCGAGGAGAAGGACGGGCCGCCUGCUUCUGGACAGCCACUGUCUCUACACCGCAAGGCCAUGGAGCACACCACUUCUGGGAGUUUGAAGCACCUCACAGAUCCCUCAGCCUCACCGAUAAAGAGUAAGGCGUUAGGCUCCUCCAUGUCUGUGGAUGCUGCCCUCUGUGGGGAUAUACCUGAGCCGCCAUUAUCGGUGCUGGUGCCUGAAUCAUUGGAUCCUACAAACGUGCCCCUUCCUGAUGCUUCCGUAUCCGGAGCCAUACCUGAAUCCCUCACAGAUAGUGGAAAACUGGAUGUAAACAAGAGUCACAACACCAUCAGUGAGCGCAGAAGCCCUAGACUGACUGGGGAGCGUCAACACAGGGCAGUAAAGAAGUUUCGACCUCCAGAUAACCUUGACAUGCUGACCCCUGAGAUAGGAGGUCACGGUGGGAUCAGAGGUAGGAGGCCUCACUAUGACCAUCAGACCGGCUCCAGAAGUCAGGGGUCUUCACCCGGGAAUGGAAGCCACUUGGCAAAUCUCCUGCUCAGCAGAGAGAGGAAGGGAAAUCUAGGGAACGAGGAGAAGGAAGCAGAGGUCAAAAAGGAGGAAGGGAAGUCCAUACCCGAGGAGAGCAGACAGGAUGAGAGAAGUGAAGAAGGACACACCGACUCUCCAGAAAACCAGACCCAAACGGGUGAUCUGUGUCCUCAGGCACAGGAAGAACCUCCUCAGCAAGCAGAGCCGUCCCCUCCUGCCAUUCCAGAGACAAACAAGGAGGAGGAGGAAGAAACCGAGCAGGAGCACAAAAAAUGUCCGCUCAGCUCAAGCGUGAUAAUCGAAAUGGCCAAAGUUCAGUCGUCUCUGGAGCUCUCCACAAUCACAGUCAACAAUAAAGACCCUGAGACCUGUAAGUCAGAGAAGGAAGAAGCAGAGGAGACUGUGAACCCUGUGACUCCAGACAGCAUGUUCAUCUUCAAACCUGAUAACCCGGUGCGUCGAGCAUGUCACUACGUAGUCAACCUCAGGUACUUUGAAAUGUGCAUCCUGCUGGUCAUAGCUGCAAGCAGUAUAGCACUGGCUGCCGAGGACCCUGUAGCCACCUCCUCUGACUGGAAUAAGGUUCUGCGAUAUUUUGAUUAUGUUUUCACUGGAGUCUUCACAUUUGAAAUGGUUAUUAAGAUGAUUGACCAGGGUCUGAUCCUCCAUGAUGGCUCUUACUUCAGAGAUCUGUGGAACAUCCUAGACUUCAUCGUCGUGGUGGGAGCGUUGGUGGCAUUCGCCCUCUCCAAUGUGUUGGGAAACAGCAAAGGACGAGACAUAAAGACCAUCAAAUCUCUGAGAGUGUUACGAGUCCUCAGACCACUCAAGACCAUCAAGAGACUCCCGAAACUCAAGGCAGUGUUUGACUGUGUGGUGACGUCUCUGAAAAAUGUCUUCAACAUCCUGAUCGUCUAUAAGCUUUUUAUGUUCAUCUUUGCUGUCAUCGCCGUGCAGCUCUUCAAGGGGAAGUUUUUCUACUGUACCGACAGCUCCAAGACAACCGAGAAGGACUGCCAGGGUUACUACAUUGACUACGGAAAGGACAAGAAAGAGAUGAAGAGGAGAGACUGGAAGAGACACGAGUUUCACUACGACAACAUCGUCUGGGCUCUGCUCACCCUCUUCACUGUUUCAACGGGAGAGGGCUGGCCUCAGGUUCUGCAGCACUCAGUAGAUGUGACGGAGGAGGACAGAGGUCCGAGCCACGGCAACAGGAUGGAGAUGUCUAUCUUUUACGUCAUCUACUUUGUCGUCUUUCCUUUCUUCUUCGUCAACAUCUUCGUGGCUCUCAUCAUCAUCACCUUCCAGGAACAGGGGGAUAAGAUGAUGGAGGAGUGCAGCCUGGAAAAGAACGAGAGAGCAUGCAUAGACUUUGCCAUCAGUGCCAAGCCCCUGACCCGUUACAUGCCCCAAAACCGGCACACGUUCCAGUACCGCUUGUGGCAUUUCGUGGUGUCACCCUCUUUUGAGUACACCGUCCUGGCCAUGAUCGCCCUCAACACCAUUGUACUGAUGAUGAAGUAUUACUCUGCCCCGCCGGCAUAUGAGGCUGUACUGAAGCACCUGAACACAGCCUUCACUGUUCUCUUCUCCAUUGAGUGUGUCCUUAAGAUCAUGGCAUUCGGCCUCUUGAACUACUUUCGAGACACUUGGAACAUUUUUGACUUCAUCACUGUUUUGGGGAGCAUCACAGAGAUUGUCGUGGAUUUGCAGUUCGUUGACACGUUCAACAUGAGCUUCUUGAAGCUGUUCCGAGCAGCUCGUCUCAUCAAAUUGCUGAGGCAGGGUUACACCAUCCGGAUCCUGCUGUGGACCUUUGUCCAGUCCUUCAAGGCUUUGCCCUACGUCUGCCUGCUCAUCGCCAUGCUCUUCUUCAUCUAUGCCAUCAUUGGCAUGCAGGUGUUUGGGAACAUAAAGCUGAAUGACAACACACACAUUACCCAGCACAACAACUUCAAGACCUUCUCUGGUGCUCUCAUGCUGCUGUUCAGGAGUGCCACGGGGGAGUCAUGGCAGGAGAUCAUGUUGUCAUGUCUGGGAGGACAGAAGUGUGAGAAAGACCCAGCAGUAACGACGCCUGACCAGGAGGGGGGCUGUGGCUCUGACUUUGCCUAUUUCUACUUUGUCUCGUUCAUCUUCUUCAGCUCUUUCCUGAUGCUGAACCUGUUUGUAGCUGUGAUCAUGGAUAACUUUGAGUAUUUAACGAGAGACUCUUCCAUCUUGGGUCCUCAUCACUUGGAUGAGUUUGUUCGGAUUUGGGGGGAGUAUGACCGUGCCGCCUGUGGUCGUAUCCAUUACACUGACAUGUAUGAGAUGUUGACCAACAUGUCGCCACCUCUAGGCCUGGGCAAGAAAUGCCCCUCCAAGUUGGCAUAUAAGAGACUUGUCCUGAUGAACAUGCCUGUGGACGAGGACAUGUCCGUUCACUUCACCUCCACCCUCAUGGCCCUCAUCCGCACCGCCUUGGAGGUCAAGAUAGCCAGAGGAGGGGAGGAUAGAAAUCAGAUGGACCUGGACCUGCAGAAGGAGAUUGGUGUGAUUUGGCCUCAUCUCUCUCAGAAGUCAUUGGAGCUGCUGGUUCCCAUUAACAAAGCCAGUGACAUGACCAUUGGGAAGAUCUAUGCCGCCAUGAUGAUCAUGGACUACUACAAGCAGAGCAAGGCCAAGAAGCUGCGACAGCAACUGGAGGAGCAGAAACAUGCACCAAUGUUCCAGCGAAUGGAUGCUUCCUCUCUGCCUCAAGAAAUCCUAUGCAAUGCCAAAGCCCUUUCAUUCCUCAGGCACAGUGCGGGAUCUGCUCUCACCAGGGGAGGUUUUGUGGCUCUCAGUCCAAUUUCUCCACAAGAGAUGUUCCUGCAGCCAAUUUCUCACUCCAGGGAGGAGAGAGAGGAUGAGGAAGAGGAGGAGGAUGAUAGCUAUCGUUCACCCUACCACCCCUACCUCCACCCACAUCACCACCACCAUCAUUUGCACACACUGGUCCCUGAUGUUGUAAAAUAUAACCAAGUGAUGCAGCAGGCCGGGCAGGACCCAACAGAUAUUAAAUCCCCUCAGCGGACAGCUUCUAUCAGAGCAUCCUCCAUGCCCAGACUGGCUGUUGACCCACAGCCUGGGAUGUCAGCAGACAAUAAGCUGAUGAAGCGUUCCUUUUCCACCAUCGGAGACCAGUGCGUGAAUGGUCUCUGGCAGGAGCAGUACUCUCUGGAGAGAGUCAGCCCUGACGACUCGUACAGGCCUCGUCAGAGGAGCUACAGAGGUCCUAGAAUCAACCACAGAGAAACUAGCAUACAUGAAAGGGGACGAUCUAAGGAACGGCGCCACCUUCUGUCUCCUGAUGUGUCACGCUGCAACUCUGAGGAGCGCAGCCGGGAACCAUCACAUGAGAGGAGACAGUCCCGUUCACCGAGCGAAGGACGCAAACACACCUUACAGCGACAGGUGAACACAUCAGGCAGCCCUGCCCAGUCAGCCUCAGAGUCUGGUACUCCUCGUAAUCGGCGUCAGUUGCCACAGACGCCCUCUCGCCCAAGGCCGCACAUCUCCUACUCCCCUCUGUCCUGCCGAGCCCACACCUCCCCCCCACCAGCAAGCUCCUCUGAAGGACAGACCCAGCCUCAACAGGGCCCUGGUGGCUCCACAGAGACCUCACAGAGGGCUGACAAGGACAUCCCUCAGGAGUCAUCCAGAGGCCAGUUUUCAGUACCGAGCCACCCAUCUCCUCACCGCUACAUCUCAGAGCCCUACCUCCCAUUCCACGGGGACAUCAGUAGUGGAGAAGGAGGGGAUAAGCAGGACACGCUUACUUUUGAGAGUGCUAUGGCAACCAGCCUCGGGCGGGCCAACGCGACAUUCUCCGCCCCUCAGCUUAGACACUCCUGGCAGGUUCCUAACGGGCAUUUCCGGAAGCAAUUUGGUCAGGCGAGUCCGGCUGGAGCUAAAGAGUUGCUGAGUGACACAGACGAGGAUGACCGCUGCUAAAAAAAAAAAAAAAAAAAAAAAAAAACAGAUGGAGAGGAUGCAAAAGAGACUAGGCCCCUCGGGGGAUUUAGCUCCUCUGAGAACUUGUUUUCUCAGCAUCAGUAGCAAAACAUGCAGGACUUUACUGCUAUUUAUCUGAACACUUGGAUGAUUGUCUGCAAAGUUUUUUUGUGUGUUUGUUGUAGCUAAAGGGAAGCUACAUGUGGACUGUGUAGACUUGGGUGCCUGUUUACAUGUGUGUGUUCUCUUAACAGAGACAUUUUGCCAAAUCAAGACAACAGCAGAGACAGACUGGGUUCAAAGUUGAUCACUGCAGGCAAAAACAAGUGUUGCCAAGCCUUUCCAAGUGUGUUUUGAUGAUUGUUAUUUGAACAAAAUAUGAUAAAACAUUGAACCAAGGAGUCGCAACCUCUUGUUGAAUCCAAGAAACUGUUAAAAGUGCGUUUUGUUUAUGUGAACAUAGAGGUAGCAUGUACAAAUGUAAUACAAUGAAUGUAUUUUAGCUUUUAGUUCUAAUGAUCUGGUCUCUUGAGAGGGUUGCUGUUAGUCUUUACUAAGCAUAGUGUUAAAAGUAGCAUUGAAACAGGGGUUGAAAUCGGAUUUUAAGAAUUUUCCAGUAGAUAAUUCCACACAGUUCUUGUUUACAAUAAGAGUAUCCACAUAGUUUAAGGGCAUUAUACUGUCAAUAGUCAAUAAAUAAUCAACACAGAAAACCAAGUUGCAGAACUUACAGUGAGCAAAACCUCUGAUGAUAGUUGAGUAUUUUUGUGUCCAUUGAAAGUAAUGACGACGUACCUUAAAGUGAACCAGCACAGUGCAGGUCUAUGUUGAUUUUGUGUUGUGAAAAAAGAUCAUUUAAGAUGUUGAACAGAUUUCAGAAUAGGUGAUGUUUUGUCUCAGGGGACUGGCCUGUUGGGUUUAUUAUGUAUUUGCUUCUUAAAUCUUCCAAAAACAUGUAAAUCAAAGUGAAGACUUAAAAUAUCUGAAGCAUUAGAAGUGUCUCUUCAACCUUCAGAUCAGUCAAUGUGGUAUUUACAUGAAAAGGUCUUCAUCGACAAACAUCAGUCUGUAGGAAAGACAACUUAAAUGUCCUGAAAUGGAUGUUCAAUCCUCAUACUCGUGUGCUGGUUAGAUGUUGAUGUGGGGCCAGAGAGGUGACUAAAGCCAUUUUCUUACAGAACACAGAGGGAUGUGUCUUCUUCCAGAAGUGUUGCCUUCUUCCAUGUGAUGCAACAUUGAUUAGGACACAGCACAGUAUGGUUUAUCCAUAAACUGUUUUAUAAAGAUAAGCAUCAAUAUUUACAUGACUGAUUGGACGCAUUGUAAAUUCUCCGUCCUGGUUGACAGGCUGCCCUUAUGAAUACCUUGCUUGACUUUACUCUAAAUGGGAUCAUUAUUUACAAAAAAGUAAGCAAUUGAGGCUGUAAACUUACAAGAAAAUGUAUGUUGAGGUAUUGAUUAAGAUAGAAAUAGGGAGAUUUUCUCAUCUGCUUCCAUUCAUUUGGAUUUCUUUAAGCAACCAGUUGAGUCCCCUGCUGGCCGUUAUAAGAAUGAAACUAACAGCAGUUAAGCACUUCCACUUCCCUUUUUAAACCAGAGGUGAAGCAUCUUUUUUACACAGUCUAUGGGUUUGUCCAUAUGUUAUCAGCUACAUUGUGUCUGUCAAAUUGAAUCCUUUCUUUUGGUCAGUAGAAACAUGAAUGAUCAUUUUCAAACAGCAGCCAUUUUUCUUGGAUGUCCACCUCUGGACUGGAAGCUGAAUUCCUGCUAUAAAAAGAACUGCUAUAGAAAGUUGUAUUAAUUAACCUUACCUGAAAAAAAAUCAUCUCUGCAUCUCUUUUCUAUCGAUCAUCAACUUAAAAGACAGAGAAUAGAAAAAUGUGGAGAAAAUCUGGUUAUGGUUCAAGUUCUAAAAAACGUAUUAUAUAACCCAAAGCUAUAAGACAAUAGCUAAUGCUAGCAUUCAGCCAUCUACCUAACAUGAGCUAGCUAUUAUUAUCAUUAUUACAGUUAGCGAGGAUGUGGCUGAAAGCUAGUAUGAUUUUUGGUAGUGUACAGUCGUAAAAAGGCUUCAGUUCCAAGAUGACAAAAUGGCAGCAGGAAUUUACAUCCCGCAUGCUUAAUGUUUGCUAGGAGCUGGCUGCUAGCUAGCUAGCAAUAACUUUGGUCUAAUGUAGCUGAGGGGUUAUCAAAUAUGUUAUUUAACUUUACAAUAUGACCCAAUGUCCCUCCAGGUUUUCUCUAGAUUAUAUGUAUGUCUUUGGAAUUGCUCAUUUAUCAGGGAAGUGAUAAAAUGCUAAUGACUGACAGAUUAAACCACAACUUGGAAACUGAAUUAUAGUAGCUGGAAACACUGGAAACACUGGAAACACUGGUAUACAGCUUUUCACCCUGAGAGAGCUGAAACAGGCUGCUAUGUUAUUAUGGUGAGUUACAGUGUUUUCUGAGUUCCAGAAUUAUGUAUUUUAACCUGCAUGAACAUGAUGUCAGUGAUAAUGAUAGAUGUGUGAGUCAGAUGUGUCUAAAAGCUGCCUAUUUUCCUUUUUUUUAAUGUUUCAAUCAUUUCCAAUGGAAUUUAAAAAAGCCCUUUUACCAACACGGUAAUGAUGAAACAGUAGGCAGAGAAAAGUUCAUGUUUUUCAGUCCCAGCAUUCACUAUUAAUAUCUUUUGACAUUUCAACUUUUUCCCUAUUUUUUCCUCCCUAAAUGAGAUGUAUAUCUAAAUCAUGUGCUGUAGUGUUAGUGUAAUCUGUUGAGUUUGACAUGUUUAUAAAAUGUGAACACAGGACAAAUCUAAACAGAGGAUGAGCAGGUUAGAAGAGGUAAACCUCCCCCUCUGGAGUCCCAGAAUCAGAAAGUCCUGGACUGAAAUUAAUUUACUUUAGCACAGAAUCCUCCUUUUACAUGUGUUGAUUUAAGGUUCGAUUGCUGGAGUAUACAGGUCAUGUUUAGGCUCCGGCCUGUAGUUUAUAGAACGGUGCUCAACAAUUACAGAGCAGCCUAGGACUUAACUUUGAUGUCUUUACAGAACAGCCUGAUCUGUGCCUGAGGAAACUCAACCAAAGAGUUCCUUGCCUAGACUGGAUUUCAUAGUUAGAGAAGCUUCCUGGUUCAAAAAAAACAAACAGUGAAAAUAAAGUAGUGUUAACUCUACAAAAUAAAUCCUUGUGUCACUUAUUGCACCGAUUAUAUAUGUUUUUUGUUUGAAUCAAGAUGCCUGUCCAUGACUUUAACAAGUGUUUACAUAUCUGUUCAAAGGACCAUUAAAGAGAGCUCACUUGA